UAUAGCUCCUACUUUUAUCCUGUAAAUAUCUAGCCUCAAAGACUAGAUCAUUUCAGAAGAUGUGUCGUUUCAGAAUGAGAGGUGCUGUAGCUCUGCUGCUGUUUUCUCUGUUUGGGGCAUGGGCUGAAGCUACAGAGACGGCCCACAAGACCCCUGACAUCUGGUCUAAGCUGGAGGAGCUGAGAGACAUGGUGGUGGAACAGAGACAGGAGCUGAGCGUCACCAAGACUGAACUGCAGCUCCAGAAGAGCAAGGUGGAAGAGCUGGAGAAAGAGAAAGCAGGCAGACCAACUGUGGCCUUCUCUGCUGGUUUGACUGACUCUGGAAACGUAGGUCCAUUCAGUACUGCUACUACACUGAUCUUCAGUAGAGUCAUCACCAACAUCGGCAAGGCCUACAACCCAAUUACAGGCAUCUUCACAGCAUCAGUGAAAGGAGUCUACUUCUUCCGAUUCACGGCCAUGUCAUCCCGCCACCCACAACUCAUGGGCAUUGAGAUGUUUCACAAUAAUCAAAGAGUUCUAUAUAAUGUAGAAAGAAAUACAGUUGGAGGUUGGCAGUACAUAUCUAAUGCGUUGACACUAGAGCUGGAGAAGGGGGAUGUGGUCUACCUUCGUCUCCCUGGAGACCAGGGUCUCCAUGAUAGCCAUGAUAACCACAACACCUUCAGUGGCUUCCUGCUCUUCCCUGUGUGAGGACAGCACCAUUCUGUGAUGUGAGGAUUUUCCUC